GAGUCUGAAACUAGCGCCCGCGAGGAUGUCGAUGGGCGGGGCCGCCCUGAAUUUUCAGUGUUCGCUUCUAUGCUGUUGAGGGAAUGGUCGUGGGGCAAACUCUACGGCGCAGAAGUUCAGAGAUGUGCCCUCGCGGCGUAUAAGGACGGCCUGGCAUCUUACAGCGAG